AUGAACACUUCCUCGUUCUUUGUUCUUCUUGCUCUUCUCACAGUUUGCUCGGCGGAGCCCGUCUCCAACUGCGGACUCUUCUGCAAUCUGUGCCAGCAGGGACUUUCGCUGAUCCAAAGGAACCUUGUGGCGAUCGAGUCAGUCACUCACGAUGAGUUGAUUGGAGUUAUCAAUGUAUGAAUUAAAGAGUACCGAAUCCUAAUCCCAAAUUCUUUCAGCACGUCUGCAACCUCGCCCCGAAUGUCGACAUAGUCCGUCUGGUUUGUGACGUGGCAAAAGAUGACGUCAUAGAUGGAAUCAACAAGUUAUUGGCUUUUCUGAAGAAGAGCACGGAUCCGUCGACGACGUGCCAUCAAUUGUAUUUGUGUUAA